AUCUACCUGCAGUUAGAAACAACACCGACAGAAGUACCAUCGAGUGUCUGCUGAAAACAAACUCUUGCCGUGACACUGUUUUUGUUUUUUCAACUUGGAUUGCCCUUUGAUCGAGGAACCAAUUAUUUCUACCGUUAUAACGCUGUGGUGAUCGAUGAGAAGCUAGUCGCAGUGAAAGAUUGUGGUGGUGACGAUUAAAAAACAACUGAAAUUUUGGUUCGCUAAAAUGGCAGACACCGAUAUAGAGGAAUACCCCGACAGAAUUGCUGAGUUGUACAAGGACAAAGUUAUCUUCAUCACUGGCGGUACCGGAUUCGUAGGAAAAGUACUAGUGGAAAAACUUUUGAGAUCAUGUAGCGGUUUGAAGAAAAUCAUCUUGCUGAUCAGGACCAAAAAAGGAAAGAAGACCCAGGAGCGAAUUAGGAGUAUCAUGAAUGAUCCACUUUUCGACUUGGUGAAAAAAGAACGAGGAGCUGAUAUAACGAAUAAAGUAGAAGCUAUAGCGGGUGAUGUGACCGCACUUGAUCUUGGUAUUUCCAAAGAAGACAGGGAAGUUAUAAAGAACGAAGUAGAAUUCAUAUUUCACUGUGCUGCGACCGUACGGUUUGAUGAACCACUGAAGAAAGCGGUGAUACUGAAUGUCAGAGGGACGAAACUCAUGUUGGAAUUAGCCAAAGAGUGUAUAAAGUUGAAGGUGUUUAUUCAUCUUUCGACAGCUUACUGCCAUCUCCACGAGAGAGUAUUAUACGAGAAGGUAUACCCUCCUCCUGCAGAUCCCCACCAUGUGAUCAAAACAGUUGAAUGGAUGAGUGAUGAUGUUAUAGAUUCGAUAACACCAAAGAUUUUAGGGAAUAUUCCUAAUACGUAUGCUUUCACAAAAGCUUUGGGAGAGUCAUUGGUUGCCGAUGAGAUGGACACCCUUCCGGUUGUUAUUUUGAGGCCCUCUGUAGUUAUUCCUGUUUGGAGAGAACCAAUCCCUGGAUGGACAGACAACAUAAAUGGACCGGCAGGACUGUUGAUCGGUGCCGGAAAAGGAGUUAUAAGGACCAUGUACUGCAACUCUGACAGAUACGCGGACUUUUUGCCAGUAGAUAUCGGAGUAAAUGCUAUGGUUAUCUGCCCCUUUGAAUACCUCAAAUCCGGUGAAAGAAGAAUCUUCAACCUGACAAGUUCAUCGGAGUACAAAAUUUCUUGGUCUGAAAUCAUAGACAUCGGUAGAAAAGUAAUUGAAACCAAAAUGCCACUGAACAAUGUUGCUUGGUAUCCUGGAGGAUCGAUGAAAAAGUCUAGACUCAUCCACAACAUCUGCUUCUACAUGUUCCAAAUAUUACCUGCUAUAUUCGUUGACGCUUUGCUGUUUAUAUUAGGUUACAAACCAAUACUUCUCCGAAUUCAGAAGAGAAUAUCCAAAGGAUAUGAAGUAUUCGAGUACUAUGCUAAUAACCAAUGGGACUUCAACAACGACAAUGGUAUGGAAGUUCGAGAAAUGUUGAAUCCUACUGAGAGAAAAAUAUACAAGGUUGAUGGAGAUGGAAUUGAUUACACAGAGUAUUUCACUAGUUGCGUUCAUUGUACACGGCUGUACAUUCUCAAAGAAACUGAUGAUACUAUCCCAGCAGCCAAAAGGCAUAUGAAACUUAUGUGGUUCGUGGAUCUUUUCUUCAAAAUCAUAUUAUUGGCUGGAAUGUUUUACUUACUGUGGACCAAACUAUUCAAACCUCUCUUAGGAUAUUAGCAUACUUCAAUCCAAAAUAGUUCUUCUUCAAAUUGUUAAAGCUAUGUUAUCAGAAUAAGUCACUACGAACUGUGAGUUUAUAUUUUUGUAAUGAAAUAUAAUGGUUUUAUGUCAA